GGAAUUUGUCAAAGUGUACGAUCAUGGACUUGUACAUUUAAGCAAGUUAGAUCUGCUUUGUGAAGCAGAAAAACAGUCUAUCCCACCACGAAAAGGCAUGCAUUUCAUUUCGUUUACAGGUAAUGAUAAUGCAAAGUGUUUAUAUUCGCGGGACACAUAUCUUCUGAAUAAGCAUUUCGAUUGUAGAUAUUUUAUCGACAUCAACUAUCGAUCGAGAAUGUGGGUGACAGAGCUUUCGAGAUAACGUAGGUCCUUACAAAGGGACACGACGUUUCGUGCUUUUUUGUCGAGGAAUCUUUCUUCAGCACGAUGUCCCCGACAUAAAAUGAUUCCUAUCGAAUGCAUCAAGUCCCGUUUUUUGUUUGGCCUGUGUAGAUUUCAAGCAGCUUUGGGCUAGUGUGUGAGCGUUUCUGUUACCGUUUUCACGUUGUUCAACGAAAGCGUCUGGUAUUGAGCUGGGAGUGGUAAUUGUCGAUAUCCGAACCAUCAAAUCAAGAGGCUUGACGAACUCCUUACCAAGCAUAAACCGAUAAGGUGUGAAACCUGUCUGGAGAAGGUGUCUCGCCUUCAUGGCAGCAGUCAGCUGCUGAGGAAGUACAUCCAAUGUACGCUUUUGCUAUUCUCCGCGUGACAUCGUAUAACGUGAACACUGGUCCGAUUGUACCUCUCAAUCUGCCCAUUCUUGGAUGGAUAACAUGGUGUUGUCCUUGUCUUGGCUAUCACUAAAAGAUCGCAAACCUUCCUCGUGAUCUUACAAUCUAUGUUCUUCUUUUAAUCAGUUUAGAAAUAUUCCUAAAAGGUGAGAUAACACCAUCGACCAGUGUCAACGUCCCGGUUUACGGGAUCUGAUCCGGCAAGAGAAACACUCAACCGACCUCGCAAACUGGUUCAUCACCAUCAACACAUACUUGUUUUCUCGAUAUGUUACUGGAAAUGAACUAUGUAUGUCUGCAUGAACUUCUUCCAUAGGCGUGAAACUUGCCCAGUAGCGCUUUAGACUGCCUUGGAGAACUCUUCUGGAAGACAACAGGUACCAGUGACGAAUAGGUCGACCGCAGCCUCAUGUCAGGUUCUUCAGGUGCGUUCGACAGUACCGGCGACCAUCGACAACCUACUGUGAAGAUGAGCUACCAAAGGAAUGAUAUAAUGCCCAAUUUUAACAUUUGUGUAGUAGGAAUGGAUGUUAUUCUGAUAAUAUUAUUUUCAGGAACAUGCGCUUCUCUCAAGAUGGAGCGACAAUGGCUUUUAGGAAGAGUCAACCAGACAGGUGGUUCCGGAAGCUGUCACCAAGAGGAGAGAAGUAGAACGAUUAUCCGUGACGUCACGACCGUUGAGAGUACGAUACAGUGCCUCGCUUUAUUGCAGCCCGUUGGCGAAAUGCUUGUAACAUUUAACCGAACAAGUGGUGAAUGUAAACUAGCCAGCAAUAUAACGUCUACAGAGGACGUCUAUAUCCGUGAAGGGUCUCCUCUAGAGAAUAAGCAAUCCAACUGCAGUGAAACAUGGGAAAUAUUGUUCGAGGUGGACGCAGACGGCAGUGUCCUUAACGGUAGCAGAGCUGAUGUGCUGUCUGCCGCGAUAAGAGGCGAUGACAUGAGGAUACACCUGCCACCUGAUGUUUACUUAGAGGUUGACGACAUUAUGAUUAAAGAUGGCGUCGUCUGUGCAGCUUCUCUUUUUGUUCUAUCAAAGAGCAGCUGGGGCACUUUUGUGUCAAACAUGUACUGGAAAUUUGUCAAGGUGUGCGAUCAUGGGCUUGUACAUUUUGGCAAGGUCUACCUUGGCAAAUCAGAAAAUCCAUCAUCUACAUUGCCAAUAGGCAAGCAUUCCAUUUGGUUUACCAGACGAUUGAUGCAAACAGACUCGCAGGUGAACCCUGUGUACUGUAACCAUGCCAACGGAUCUUCGACCUGUGGUAGCCUGUAUGACCUUUUCAAGGCUGCAGAGGAGGGCGCGGGCAUUAGAAUGUUGGAAAACCGAAGUGGAACAUCAAAUUAUAUCUAUUCUGCUGAUCGCAUUGAACUUAUUGAUGAUAGUUGCGGAAUAGCGUCUCAAACUGUUUGGAGAGUUGGGUCAUUGCUGGGACUCUCCGAUUUUAGCCAAUGGUAUACAAGUCCUUUCUACUGGUUUGUGGUAUUGAAAUCAUCAUUUGGUUCCAAAGAAGUUUCUCGUCCGUCCAUCGGAGCUGGUACAAUCUUGACACAAUCGUUUGCAAAUACAUGCGACAAUAAUUGGUUUGCAGACUAUUGUUGGACUCAUAGCUUUUCCCACGGAAAGAAUGGCGAUGAAACUCUUGGUUCCAAACAAGAACUAAUGGACAUGUUAAACCAAGGCAGGAGGAUUCGAAUUGUAUUUGACAGUUAUGUAAUGAAUGCAGAUAACAUUGCCAUUAACAACGGUAUUGUCACUGCUCAGCUACUGAGCCAGGUUGUAUCAUCGACAGAAACUCAACAGAAUGUAGGCAAUGUCAUAUCUAAACUGGUCAGAAUAUCGACAAAUGGAGAUAUAUUUACAGACCUCUACCAUCGUGGUACCUCCCUGAAGGCGGGGUAUGAUAAAUCGACCACGGCUGCUCAGUGGUUUGUUGACACAAGACAAUGGCGUCUAGUUCUUGGUACUGGUACAAGUGGAUCUGCUAUUGAAGGAUCGAAGCUUGAUUUAGCAAAAGCUGUUCGAGCCGGAUCAAGAUUGCGAUGUAUCGUUAAACUAUCGGCUACAGAAAGACUCAUCGUGACCGCAGAUAACAUCGAAGUGAGUACCGAUGGUAACGUUGCAGCUCAGGUUUUUCGUUUGAUGGAAUUCGACGACAAUGACACCAACUUUAUUCCAUUUUGGAGAAUUUUGAUUCUAACGACAAAUAGCGAGAUGAAGGAGACACGUUGGACGAUCGGUGAACAUCAACAUAGAGGUGACAAUGUAGCUAAUCACCCUAUGGACUGAUAUGUUGACUAAAUUCAAGAAUUUAAAAUGCCAGCAUUGAUAGGACUGACACAUCAGGCAAAUUUAUUUGACCAUCGCUUAUGUCUUGGUUACAAUAUUAUUAAUAGUAUUUUUUGUGAUAUUACUUAAUUUACGUUAUAACAAACAUUGUAUAUAUCUUAUGUAUAU